AUGCUCAAGAAACCACUCAAACCAGUUUCAAGGGCAUGUCUAGAAUGUCGACAGCGACACCUCAAGUGUGACGGAAUAGAGCCAGUGUGCACGCGAUGCAAAAAAUUAGGGAAAGAGUGCUUCUUCGUCAAGAGCAACCGUGGUGGCUCGAGAAAGAAAGGAGUAAGCACUAAGAAGCAGAGGGUAAAGCUAGAGCCCGAGAUCGAUAUCGUUCUGCCCUGUGGAAAGAUGGCAGACCAGGUGGAUUGCGAUCAAAGAUGUCGUUCGGGAAAAGCAAAAGAUCUACUUCCAUGUGCUCGUCAUGAAGACGUUGACUUUUACCCCAAGUUCAACUCGUCCAAAGACAAAUCUGUACUCAAUAUUCUGUUCGAUGAGAAGUAUUUGACUACACCAGACCAGUAUUACAUCACCCCCACGUUGACCAAAAAUCUCAAUGUCGAGACAAUCAUCAGCAACUAUUAUACAAGGUUUCAUUACUGCCAUCCCUUCAUGCCGCAAAAAGAUGACAUCAGAGAGUAUUUGGACAGCAUCCCACAUAAGUUUGACAUUCUACUGGCGAUGAAGCUCAUUGGAGAUGGCCAAACACAGACCACCUACGCAAAAGAUGUGGAGACGGUAAACUACCUAGUGACCACCAUACUUGACUAUUCAAAGCAAGUUGGACGCGACUUCGUCACCUUGCAGUCUGUGCUGUUGCUCGCUAUGGCAUCGCAUAUAUCUUCUUUGCAUGAUAUUAGUCAUAGUUUGUUGCAAUGUGUCGUUUCUCUUGCCCUGGAGCUUGAACUCAAUACGGUUGACCGCGAUGCAGUGCCCGAAGUGUUUAUGGACGUAAAUGGGUUUGUCACCGAAAGAGACCCGAGAACGAAUGGACAUCCGGAUGUCAUUCAAAAAUUGCUCUCGACCCCUCGAACAUCAAAAAUAUCUCGCACUGUCAUGGAAAACACCGCGAGACGAACGUUCUGGGAAUUGUACUUUUUUGACACGAUAAGUGGCACUGCUUCCGGCAGGACGACUUCGACCCUUUCAACGAAAACGGUGCUUACCCUGUUUCCCAAGGAUAUUCCUCAGAAGGUGUUCGAUUUCAAAAGCCGAGCAGAAUGCUGUAAAUUAGUGAAUGACUCUAUCAAGCUUAAUAUGGCCAUUCAAGACGACAAAGAUUACAAAAAGGAUCUACAGCACAUGAAGGCUGCAAUUGGCAACUGGGACCUGCGAAUUGAAGAUCCAGACUCGUACAACUCGCCAUACCUGGUCAACUCCAGCGGAUUCGUUAAUGAAGGUGUUCACCAAGCUGUCAUGCUUGUGAAUUACGCUAAAAUUUUCAUGCACAGGCCGUUCUCCUAUCUCUGGCGGACAGAUGUUACCAGGAAGACGAAAGAUGGAGAAGAUGACGGCAAAGAGCCGCAUCUCGAAGCUCCAGCAAGGCACGAAGCAGAUUCGCGAAAAAUCAUCGAGACGCGGAGAACGAUUGAUUCUGCUUCGUCUGUGGUUAAACUGCUCUUAGACACCAACCCGGCCAAAAUUCUGGACAGAACGCCGUUCUUUGCUUGUUCGUUGGCGUUCUCAUGUCUGGUUCACCUGAGCGCAUACUCCUGGGUUGAGACAAGUCUUUCUGCCGUGGAUAAGAAUUCUAAAGGACUCUCUUUGUUACGCGAUAGUGUCAGUGCAGACGAGCUGGAGACGUACACCGAGUACAUCAAGCUUGAACUAGGUGGAAUUUUUCAAAUAUCCAGACACUGGGCAUUAUCCUCCAAACUUGUCCAGCAUAUCAAAGAUACUUUGAAAAAAGUGUCACCAAAAUUAUUUGUCAAAGUGCAGGCAAGCUUGCCUGAGUCGCAUGCGCAUGUGGAGGUGGAUCCCCUGGAUCGUGAAAAUCCCGUGGUCCCUGAAGAAAAAUCAGCCACGUCUAAUAGCAGCGACAGCAACAAUUUUCCUACAACUCCAUUUUACGACCUACCAGUUGACGAAAUCGACUUCAAUCAAUACGAGGCAGGAUUCAUGGAUCUGCCUUUAGAAGGGCCGGAACCCGACACCGGCUGUGGCUGGGUCGACAAAAGCGGUUUCGAAUUCGAAGAUUUUCUUGUUCAAUAG